AUUUUACAUUGGCUGCAUGGGAUUUCCAUCGUGUCGCUCAGCUAUCUGGUUACCUAACUUUGUUUUGGAUGCUAGUGUUAGUGAUGUCAAAUGUGAAAAUUGUCAAGCCCAGCUGAUGAAUUUCAAAUUCAAGAUGGGUUCUGUACCUCCAAUGUUACCACUACAAUACACUGGAUGUGUCGCUGGUUGUGACAACUUGCUUUCGGAAUCCCUACAAAUUAACAAUUUUGGGGAGAAUAGAGGAGGAAACAAUUCUUUUGGAGAAGGUGGAGGGGGAGGGUCUGAAUUUGAGAGAAACUCCAAUGUCAACUGCAAUUGUGGAAAACCUGCUAAAAUGUUGACGGUAAAUAAAGAUGGCCCCAAUAAAGGUCGGACAUUUUAUGCCUGCACCAAUCCCAGAGAUCAAAGCUGUAACUUUUUUCAGUGGGGAGAUGAAAUCACGGAGGCUGGCAAUAACAGAACUGCUCCACCGUUUAGGUCUGAUGCUCCAAGCUCUCAGCGAGUUCCCUUGGUAACAGUUCAGCCAUUCAAUAGACAGACAAACAAUGAAGACAAUGGACAGGACAUUGUGUGUAACUGUGGGACGAGUGCAAUCCUCCUAACUGUCAGAAAGGAGGGCCCCAAUCAAGGGAGACAGUUCUACAAAUGUGGAGGAUCCAAUUGUAACUUCUUCCUGUGGGCAGACCAAUCUCAGGACCAAUCAUUGGAUAACAACAGGAGGCCCCCAGGAGGGGCAGGAUGGGGGUUUAAUAAUCAGAGUUCAGACAUGGAGAUGAAUUGCAAUUGUGGAACACCAGCUAGACUGUUAAGAGUGGUUAAAGAUGGACCUAACAAGGACCGAGAAUUUUUCUCCUGUUCCAAACCUAGAGGCCAAGGCUGUGAUUUCUUCCAGUGGGCAGAUAUUACCAAUGAAAACAGAAGUGAUAGUGGAGGUUUAGGUGGUACAGGGUUUCAGGCUGGUGGAAAUUCAGAUGUGUGUUGUAAUUGUGGAAAUCCAGCCAAAAUGUUAACAGUGAAUAAGGAGGGCCCCAAUAAAGGUCGUACAUUUUAUGCCUGUGCCAAACCACGAGAACAGAGCUGUAAAUUCUUCCAGUGGGGAGACGAAAAUCCAGAGGGAGGCAACACAGGCUCCUGUAAGUCACUGAGCCAUAUAAUGUAUAUGUAA